ACGUCCUUCUUGCCGCCGCUGUUCACAUACAGGCACUUCCUGUCAUUAUGGCUACGGCAAAGGUUGGAGAAAACGAAAGUCACCGUUCAUCCGCGACUUCUGCCAGUUCUGCAACCUCGGUUUCAUCGAGCUGACUCUUUAUCAUUUGGCAGGACUGCUGAGGAUCUCACGGCCACGUCGCGACGUUUGGCCCGCUACGAGGCUCUUCUAGCCGAGAUCUUGCCCAUGGUCUCCUUGGAAGUCAGGGAAUUAAUUGAAGAUGCGCGUGACCAGGACGCCGCAAAUUCAAAUGGAUCUGAGACGAAUGAAACCGAGCAAGGCUAUCCGCCAGUUCCCUCCCUCCAAUCUGAGUCGUCCACCAUGUCCAGUACAGCCAGCAGAAUACUCCUUCCGUUCCCCGUUCCAAGUCCUCUGACUUCGGUUUCGUCGAGAUUGUCAGUCACUCAAGGGCCUUUUGACCCGGUCUCGCCACCUACCAUUGUAUCUAACGCAACUGUACCAAGUCCUGGUGCAGGUAUACCUUCGUCUCAGGCGCGACUUUCGCCUGACGCACUACCUCGGCUGCCAUCAAUUACACCCGACGGUCAGCUCAUUGAUCCGACCCGCCGAGAGCUCUCACCACCGAAGCUGCAUCGACUAAGUGAUGCGAAGCCAGAAUUUGCACCUGAUCGCUUUGGAAUAUCAUCCGUUUCUCCUAGCAGUCAGAUAUUACUCGGAGGUUUGUUUUCUCCACCGAGUUUUGGACGAAUCUACAUUAACACUCGGAUCAGUGAAUACGAAACUGCAACAGUCUCCUGGUUGAGGCCCACU